GAAUAGUGGCGUUGAUAGAGGAGCUGGAGGAGCCGCGGCUGCUGCUGGUGCGGGGCCGCGAAGUGGUUGCUUCUGCUGCAGCAGCAACACUGCAGCAAACCCUAGACCCUGCAGAAAGGGUUGGGGCUUUUCAGGGGCCCCCCAAAACCCUAACCCUGGGGGGCCCCCAAAACCCUGGCUUCCUCGUCACCGUCGCCAACGUUGGGGACUCUCGGGGGACUUUGCUGCACAGCGAGGGUUCCUUCACUUUGUUGUCUCGAGACCACAAACCCACAGCCCCCGAAGAGCUGCGGAGAAUAAAAAAGGCCGGAGGGUUUGUCUCCGCGGGCCCCACAUCUGUCCCCAGAGUUGAUGGCAUCCUCGCCCUCUCCAGGGCCUUCGGAGACGGAUUUUUCAAAGACAACAAAGACUUGAGUCCCACGGAGCAGCGGGUGGUGGCGGUGCCGGACGUGCACGUGUUCUACGCGAAGCCGGGCGACGUGAUGAUGUUGGCGUGCGACGGGGUCUACGAGCCGGAAAACAUGGACUGGGUCUUCGUCUCGCACUUCGUAAUGACUCUUCUUCAUGAACUUCAAAACGAUUUGACAGAAGCAGCAGUUAAGCUCCUCGAACAGGCUUUCCAUUCUUUCUCUGGAGACAACAUUUCUGUGCUUCUUACGAGGUUCGCGGCGAGGGUUUAG